GGGGAGCCCACAGCAGAGAGCUGGGGGCUGCCUGCGCCGGCUCGCAGUCCCUGCACGCCCUAUCUGGGACCUGGGAUCACUCUGUAAGCAACUUGGAGUCAGACAGGAGGAGAUCACCGAGGAGAGACCUGGCCCCUCAGACCCGCACUGUCUGCUGGGCUGGCCAGCACAGAGCCAGGCCCGGGCCAGCCCCUCCUGGCAACUCUGCUCCUCCCAAAGGAUGCUUUGGGAGUGAGGCGAGGCUGGCCACUGCUCCCCGUGCAGCAGCCUCUGGUCCUCCUGAGUCUCUGGGAGCCUGGGACAGUCCUGCCUGCCCUUCUGCCCAGCUGUUGCCUGUGCUGGGCCCAGCAGUCUUUCUGAUAAGGAGGAAAGGGCAGGAAGGAGGACUUCCUGGAGGGGGUGACAGCCCACAACCUGGGACCGUGUCCACAUCAGAAUCCAUCAGCAACAAGGCCAAUAUGCAGCUUCCAUGUGUGAUGCCAUCUCCGGGCCUUCAAGGCCAGUUGCUGUUGCUGCCACUGCUGUUGCUGCUGGGACCACAGAUCUCCCAAGGCCUGGUCAUCACGCCCCCUGGGCCAGAGCUGGUUCUCAAUCUCUCUAGCACCUUUGUUCUGACCUGCUCGGGUUCGGCUCCAGUGGUGUGGGAACGAAUGUCCCAGGUACCCCCACAGGAAAUGGUCGUGACCCAGGAUGGCACCUUCACCAGCGUGCUGACACUGACCAAUGUCACUGGCGGAGACACAGGAGAAUACUUUUGCACCUACAACAGUUCUGUCGAGCUGGAGCCCAGUGAGCAGAAGCGGCUGUACAUCUUUGUGCCAGAUCCCAGCAUGAGCUUCCUCCCGAUAGACCCUGAGGAUACAUUUGUCUUUGUCACGGAGAUAACUGACCCCACCAUCCCAUGCCGAGUUACAGACCCCCAGCUGGUGGUGACACUGCAUGAGAAGAAAGAAGACAUCCCUCUACCUAUUCCCUAUGACCACCAGCGAGGUUUCAUUGGUACCUUGGAGGACAAGACCUACAUCUGCAAAACCACCAUUGGGGACAGGGAAGUGGAUUCUGAUGCCUACUAUGUCUACAGCCUCCAGGUGUCAUCCAUCAAUGUCUCUGUGAAUGCAGUACAGACUGUGGUCCGCCAGGGUGAGAACAUCACUAUCAUGUGCAUUGUGACGGGGAAUGAGGUGGUCAACUUUGAGUGGAUGUACCCCCGAAAGGAGAGUGGACAGCAGGUCGAGUCGGUGACGGACUUCCUCCCCGACAUGCCCAACCACAUUCGCUCCAUCCUGCACAUCCAAGACGCCGAGCUGGGCGACUCAGGAACCUACAUCUGCAACGUGUCUGAGAGUGUGAAUGAGCACCGAGACGAGAAGGCUGUCAACGUCACAGUGGUCGAGAGAGGCUACGUGAGGCUGCUGCAAGGGCUGGGUGCAGUAGAAAUUGCUGAGCUGCACCAGAGCCGGACACUGCAAGUGAUGAUCGAGGCUUACCCUCCGCCCACUGUCCUAUGGUUCAAAGACAACCGCACCCUGGGUGACUCCAGUGUCGGCGAGAUAGUCCUGUCCACACGCAAUGUGUCCGAGACCCGGUAUGUGUCGGAGCUGACGCUGGUUCGGGUGAAGGUGGCAGAGGCCGGCAGUUACACCAUGCGGGCCUUCCAUGAGGAUGAUGAGGACCAGCUCUCUUUCAAGCUGCAGGUCAAUGUCCCUGUCCGAGUGCUGGAGCUGAGUGAGAGCCAUCCUGCCAGUGGGGAGCAGACAGUCCGCUGUCGUGGGCGAGGCAUGCCGCAGCCACAUGUCACCUGGUUUACCUGCAGAGACCUCAAAAGGUGUCCUCACGAGCUGCCGCCCACGCCUCUGGGGAACAGUUCGGAAGAGGAGAGCCAUUUGGAAACCAACAUGACAUAUUGGGCGGAGGAGCAGGAGUAUGAGGUGGUGAGCACGCUGCGCCUGCGCCACGUGGACCAGCAACUGUCGGUGUUCUGCAUGGUACACAACCUGCUGGGCCAGGACGUGCAGGAGGUCACCGUGGUGCCGCAUUCCCUGCCCUUCAAGGUGGUGGUGAUCUCAGCCAUACUGGCCUUGGUGGUUCUCACCAUCAUCUCCCUCAUCAUCCUCAUCAUACUCUGGCAGAAGAAACCACGCUAUGAAAUCCGAUGGAAGGUGAUCGAGUCUGUGAGUUCCGAUGGCCACGAGUACAUCUACGUAGACCCGGUGCAGCUGCCCUAUGACUCCACGUGGGAGCUGCCUCGGGACCAGCUUGUGCUCGGACGCACGCUCGGCUCCGGGGCCUUUGGGCAGGUGGUGGAGGCCACAGCUCAUGGCCUGGGUCAUUCACAGAGCACCAUGAAAGUGGCCGUCAAGAUGCUGAAAUCCACAGCCCGUAGCAGUGAGAAGCAAGCCCUCAUGUCGGAGCUGAAGAUCAUGAGUCACCUUGGGCCCCACCUGAACGUGGUCAACCUGCUGGGGGCCUGCACCAAAGGAGGACCCAUCUACAUCAUCACCGAGUACUGCCGCUACGGCGACCUGGUGGACUACUUGCACCGCAAUAAGCACACCUUCCUGCAGCACCACUUGGACAAGCGACGCCCAGCCAGCAUUGAGCUGUACAGCAAUGCCUUGCCAGUGGGGUUCUCCUUGCCCAGCCCCGUGUCCUUGAGUGGGGAGAGUGAUGGUGGCUACAUGGACAUGAGCAAGGAUGAGUCAGUGGACUACGUGCCCAUGCUGGACAUGAAAGGAGACAUCAAAUACGCAGACAUUGAGUCCUCCAACUACAUGGCUCCUUAUGAUAACUACGUCCCCUCUGCCCCUGAGAGGACUUAUCGAGCAACUCUGAUCAAUGAGUCCCCGUUGCUUAGCUACACAGACCUCGUGGGCUUCAGCUACCAGGUGGCAAAUGGCAUGGAGUUCCUGGCCUCCAAGAAUUGUGUCCACCGAGACCUGGCAGCCAGGAAUGUGCUCAUCUGCGAAGGCAAGCUAGUCAAGAUCUGUGACUUUGGGCUGGCUCGAGACAUCAUGCGAGACUCGAACUACAUCUCCAAAGGCAGCACCUUCCUGCCUCUGAAGUGGAUGGCCCCGGAGAGCAUCUUCAACAGCCUCUACACCACCCUGAGUGAUGUGUGGUCCUUUGGCAUCCUCCUCUGGGAGAUCUUCACGCUGGGUGGCACACCUUACCCAGAGCUGCCCAUGAACGAGCAGUUCUACAAUGCCAUCAAGCGGGGCUACCGCAUGGCCCAGCCUGCUCAUGCCGCCGAUGAGAUCUAUGAGAUCAUGCAGAAGUGCUGGGAAGAGAAGUUUGAGAUUCGGCCUCCCUUCUCCCAGCUGGUGCUGCUUCUGGAGAGACUGCUGGGUGAGGGUUACAAAAAGAAGUACCAGCAGGUUGACGAGGAGUUUCUGAGGAGCGACCACCCAGCCAUCCUUCGGUCCCAAGCUCGCUUGCCUGGGUUCCAUGGCCUCCGGUCUCCCCUGGACACCAGCUCUGUCCUCUACACUGCUGUACAGCCCAACGAGGGUGACAAUGACUACAUCAUCCCCCUGCCUGACCCCAAACCCGAGGUUGCUGAGGAGGGCCGGCUGGAGGGAUCCCCCAGCAUUGCCAGCUCCACCCUGCAUGAAGCCAACACUUCCUCUACCAUCUCCUGUGAUAGCCCCCUGGACCCGCAAGAGGAACCAGAGCCAGAGCCAGAGCCCGAGCCCCAGGUGGAGCCAGAGCCGGAGCUGGAGCAGCCUCAAAAUUCAGGCUGCCCCGGGCCCCAGGUCGAAGUGGAGGACAGCUUCCUGUAGGGGCUGGCCCCGCCUUGACUGCCUGAAGCUGCCCCCGCCCCAGCAUCUUGCCCCUCCUGGCUCAGCCUGGGCUCCUGUCACUAUGCUGCAGCUGCCAGCUGUGCCCCUGUGGAAGGCUUCUGUCCCGACAUGCUGUGCUCCAAACCCCGGGGCCGGCUUAUGGGGCAAGAAAACUGUGUGGACCAUGUCCAGGCUCUGUUUCUGGGGAGGUCAUGUGACUCUGAGCCAGGGUUCCCCUGAGGACUCAGUUUCCCCAAAUGUAAAUGAGGUGUCAGACUUGGUAAUCUGCAGUCUGUGUGGGAUGCUCCCUCAGUGACAGUGAGGGUGUUGGAAUCCCUGGGGAGGUUCUUGGGUGAAUGGGUGGCACAUUCCUAUCUUUCUGAUCAGCUAGCUCUGAUCUACCUAAGAACUGGGGAAGGAACCCUGGCAUCCUGGCUUCUGGCUGAGCUGGGCCUACCUUGGACAGUGCUGCAUCACCCAGAAGCUACUUCUCUCGAUGCUACUCUGCUUUCCCAGGCCCAAGGUGGUUUGGGGCCAAUGUGCUUAAUUAGUGCUCUUAUUGAGUGCUGAGGGCUGAGCCAAAUAGGGGCACCCUGGCCUGGAGCCCCUGCCCAGAACAUGUGGGGCAAACCUGGCUACAGGAGUUCCCAUGUCUUCCAGGCCCCAUUGGUCCUGUGGCUUUCCUCAUCACCUUCAGUCUUAAUCCAUCCACCAGUCUGCAUCGGUGACGACUGUGUUGGCAGGCCAGCGUGGAGUGUCCACAUGCGUGCCUGUGUGCACCAAUAGGUGGCCCUAACUCUGCACUGGACCUUCUAUGAUACCUUGGAGGAAUCCCUUGCCCUCUCUGGGCCCUGGUUUCCCCCUUGUAUAAUGAGUUGGACUCAUUAACUCUGAGUGCUGUGUCAACACUAAUGUUCUAGAAUAUUCCAGGGGGUUACACUUGUCCAGAUGAAGCAAGGCCAAGUACCCCACAGCCAGCUGGGCUCUGAGGAGAUUCCAGACCACAUGUCAUGCUUCAGCAAUUCAGGAAUGGCACCCCUUCCUCAGCCCGCUAGUGCAGCAGCCCAGACCUUGACUUGGCUUGGGAGCCAGUGUCCUGGAAAGCCCCCAGCAGCUGUCCCAGGAACAAGGGCACCAUGAGACCCCUUUCAGCACCCACAGUGAACUCUGAAGCUAUCCUGGGCAAGGUGGGACAGAGAGGGGAAAUCAGAUCACCUUGUGCAGCCCACCACUGCCGUGGAGGUAUGUGCCACAGAUGUGAUGAAGGGUGAGAGCAAUUACAUCCUGUAAGGCUUAGGAUGGGUACCUCAGCACAGGAACAUGAGGAGUGGAUACUGGGGGGUUCCCUUCUCAACUGCCAGCUGCCCUGCCCUUGAGGCAGUACCUCAUGGGAAUAGUUUUUCCCAGGUCUAGCAGACACCUUCUUGACCUGAAAUGAGUGGACACUGGAGGUGCCGGGCAACUGAGGAAUGUGGCCAUGAUGGGCCAGGAGGAGGAGGGCUGGGGAGGGUGGGAGAAGCUCUGUUUCUGGCACUAGUGCCCCGUGCUGGCUGGCAUCUCCCAGCCCCAGAGCCCCACAGCCUGGCUGGAGGAGGGGGAGCAGGUUCUCACUACGGUACCAAAGAUAGAAUCACCUAGGAUUACGAGUAUUUUUAGGGCUCACGUUAACUCACAUUUAUACAUCAGAAGUGCUAUUUUGUAUGCUGUUAAGUUUUCCUAUCUGUGUACUUUUUUAAGGGAAAGAUUUUAAUAUUAAACCUGGUGCUUUUCACUCCA